UUUCCAUCUGUAAAUCUUAGGGAGCACCAUUGACCUCCUAGGGGAGACCUUGACCAUCAUAUGUAACAGAUUCAACUUGAAUAUUCUCAACAAUCAGUUACCAAACUUGCUCUAGAUUGCUAAACUGAGAAUGAGACAUUGGGUCUUGGCAAUUCUAACAGUUCUUAUAUAUUCCACAGCAGCUAAGUUUUGCAAAUCUUCCUGGGGCCUGGAAAAUGAGGCUUUAAUUGUGAGAUGUCCUAGACAAGAAAGAUCUCGCUACCCGGUAGAUUGGUAUUACUCAGAAACCAACAGAAAUAUUAUCACUGAGCAAAGAAAUCACAUAUUUGCCUCAAGGGAACGUCUUAAGUUUCUCCCAGCCAAAGUCAAUGAUUCUGGAAUUUAUACUUGCAUAAUCAGAAGUUCUACCGUCAAUAAGACUGGAUAUGUGAAUGUCACCAUAUAUAAAAAACAACCAGAUUGCAAUAUUCCAGAUUAUCUGAUGUAUUCAACAACAUCUGGAUCAGAAAAAAAUUCCAAAAUAUAUUGUCCUACAAUCGACCUCUACAACUGGACAGCGCCUGUUGAGUGGUUUAAGGAUUGUAAAGCUCUUCAAGGGUCAAGAUACCACACACACAGGACAUUUUUGCUGAUUGACAAUGCAACCAGCAAGGAUGCAGGUGAUUAUACGUGUAAAUUUAUGCACAAUGAAAAUGGAGUCAGUUACAGUGUGACAGCAACCAGAUCGUUCACAGUUAAUGAUGAGCAAGGAUUUUCUUUGUUUCCAGUAAUUAUAGCCCCUCCACAAAAUGAAACAAAAGAAGUGGAAAUAGGAAAAACAGCCAACCUCACUUGCUCUGCUUGCUUUGGGAAAGGCUCUCAGAUCAUGGCUUCCGUCCUGUGGCAGGUGAACAGAAGCAGAGUUGGGGACGUUGGUGAAGCAAGAAUUCAAGAGAAGCAAGACCAAAACCAAAGUUGCCUUCUUAGUUCUAGCAAUGAGCUGACUUGUCUAAACACCGUGCUGACAAUAGCUGCUGUGACAGAAGAGGAUUUAUCGCUGAAGUACGAGUGUUUGGCCCUCAAUUUGCGUGGCUUGAGAAGGCACAGCAUAAGACUAAGGAGGAAAAGUCCAACUGAUCAUCAAAGCACCUACUACAUACUUGCAGGAUUUAGCAUAUUGUUAAUGCUAAUCAACGUCAUGGUGAUAAUGUUAAAAGUAUUCUGGAUUGAGGUUAUUCUGCUCUGGAGAGACAUAGCCAGACCUUACAAAACUAGGAAUGAUGGAAAGAUCUAUGAUGCUUAUGUUAUCUACCCGCGGAACCACAAAGAUAGUCCAGAGGGGACCAGUUCUGUGGAGUACUUUGUUCACCAGAUUCUGCCUGAUGUUCUGGAAAAUAAAUGUGGCUAUAAAUUAUGCAUUUAUGGGCGAGAUCUGCUACCUGGAGAAGAUGCAGUCACUGCAGUGGAAACCAACAUACAAAAGAGCAGGCGGCACAUUUUUAUCCUGACUCCUCAGAUCGCGCACAGCAAGGAGUUUGCCUACGAGCAGGAGAUCGCCUUGCACAGUGCCCUCAUCCAGAAUGACUCCAAGGCAAUUCUUAUUGAAAUGGAGGCUCUGAGCAAGCCAGGCAGACUGCAGUUUGGGGAGCUUCAAGACUCCCUAAAGCACCUCGUGAAAGUGCAGGGUACCAUCAAGUGGAGGGAAGACCACGUGGACAGCAAAAGGUCCCUGAAUUCCAAAUUCUGGAAGCACGUGAGGUACCACAUGCCUGUGCCAAGCAAACCUCCAAAAAAGACCUCCAGUUUGGCUUCCUUGAGUGCCCACCGGCAGGAGUGCUUGAUUUGA